AUGGCAGUAGCACCCUUCCCUCAUUUUGGUACUAAAGCUAUCCACACUGGACAGGAACCAGAACAGUGGGAAUGUAAAGCAUUAGUACCACCUAUUUUCACUGCUACCAUAAAACAAGAUGAGCCAGGAAAGCCAGUUAUGCAUGAUUACAUUCGAGAUGGUAAUCCUACACGAACUUCACUUGAGAAAGCACUAGCAGCUUGUGAAGAUGCUAAAUAUGCAUAUGUGUAUAGCUCUGGUAUGGCAGCAGUGUCUACUGUAAUUCAGUGUUUGUUAAAGUCAGGGGAUCACAUUGUGUCAGUUAAUGAUGUCUAUGGUGGAGUGAAUCGUUAUUUUCGUAAAGUUGCCUCUAAUUUUGGCAUCACAGCCACUCUAGUUGAUGCUACUGUUGCUAGUAAUGUUGAGAAUGCUAUAAAAGAAAACACUAAAAUAUUGUGGAUGGAGUCACCAACUAACCCAACAUUGACAGUCAUAGAUCUCCAACUAAUGGCAGAUAUUGCUCAUAAAAAGGGAUGUACUCUUGUUGUUGAUAAUACAUUUUUCUCACCUUAUUUUCAACGACCAUUAUCCCUAGGUGCUGAUAUUGUUCUGCAUUCCUUAACAAAAUAUCUAAACGGUCACUGUGAUGUCCUAAUGGGUUUGUGUGUACUAAUAAUGAUGAUUUCUCUGAAAAAAAUGAAGUUCCAACAACUUGCUGUUGGUGCUGUCCCUAGUCCUUUUGAUUGUUAUCUUGCUAAUAGAGGUAUCAGAACACUUCAUGUUAGAAUGAAACAACAUGCUCAUAAUGCUAUGACAAUAGCUCAAUAUUUAGAGUCUUCACCACUAGUAGAACAGACAAUAUAUCCUGGACUACCAUCUCAUCCACAAUAUGAUAUUGUUAAAAAACAAUGUACUGGUUUUGGAGGAAUGGUCUCAUUUCGUUUGAAAGGAAACAGUGAUACUGCCAAAAAAUUUAUUAAAAAUAUCAAAAUAUUUACAUUGGCUGAGAGUCUUGGAGGAGUAGAGAGUUUAGCAGAAAUACCGAGUUUAAUGACUCAUACCUCUGUACCAGAGGAUGAACGAGCUAAACUUGGUAUCACUGAUACAUUGAUCCGUUUAUCAGUGGGUCUUGAAGAUGUAGAGGAUCUUGUACAGGACUUAGAUCAAGCCUUGAAACUGGUCAGUGAGACGCAGUGUAAAAAUAAGGAGAAAGGUGAUCAACCUGUGCAUUAUUCUCAACAUUUAGUGCCUCCAGAAUGGGACAGUAAGACUUUAUUAAUAAAGUGGGCGUGA